GUAGGCCCGUCGUUAACGGAAUAAAACAGUGCCAAUUUUGUUUCUUCUGUUACAAAUCUCUCUCUCUUGCCCAACGAGGACAGAAGAAGAAUCGCAGUUAUUCAAAUUCAGACUUUGUUGAUUCGGAGAACUAUAGGGAGAUGCGUCGAUCUACUGUAUUCAAAUUUGCAGGUUUUAUGAUUGCAAAUCAAGGAAACAGAUACUAAAGAUUUAUGCAGACAUGUUACUGAAAGAAGUACAUUUACUAUGAACCAUCAUUCAUGGGGUAAGGUUUAGCCAAAAUGAAUCUUAGUGUUGAAUCUUUCUGUGGAUGGAGGAGACAAGAGAUGAUGGGGGCCCACUGGAACCAGGUCCUUCAAAUGAUGCUUGGUGGCCAACAAAUUUUAUGGAAAAACUGCAAUCAGUUUCUCUGUUUUCUUUAGAAGAAAAGUUAAAUUGUAAAGAAUCAAGAAGUGACCAUGAGGUUGAGGGGUUGGCAUCUUAUAAAGCUUCACAGACUUUGUGGGCCACCGGAAAGCUUGCUGAACCAAUUCCCAAUGGUUUCUAUUCCAUUGUUGCAGAAAGAAGACUCAAGGAGCUGUUUGAUAUUAUUCCUUCUUUUGAUGACCUUUAUGCUUUGCGCUCAGAGGGUCUUAGAGCAGAUGUUAUUCUAGUUGAUGAUAAAGAUAAAAAGCUUUCUAUGCUGAAGCAGCUGACUGUUACUCUGGUUAAAGGAUUAAGUUCAAAUCCAGCUGCAGUUAUAAAAAAGAUAGCUGGAUUGGUUUAUGACUUCUAUAAACGAUCAAAUCUGGAUGCAAGUCCCAUCAAAAUUGCUUCGGAGGAAGUCUGUCCUGCAUUGGAUAAUCAAGUAGUCCAGAUGCUGGGUCAAAUAAGGCAUGGUACAUGCCAUGCCCGAGCAAUCUUGUUUAAAGUUCUUGCAGAUUCUGUAGGCCUCGAAAGUAGGCUUGUGGUGGGUUUGCCAAAGGAUGGAGUAAUGGAGAGAAUUGACUCACAUAAGCAUAUUUCUGUGACGGUGAUGAUGAAUUCAGUGGAACUACUAGUUGAUCUUGUGCAUUCUCCUGGCCAAUUAAUGCCCUGUUCAACCAAGGCAAUCAUUAUGUCUCAUAUAUCUCCUCUAGGUGACAGUGAUUCUGCAGACUAUGACUCAUGUGAUUCACCCCUAGAACCAAACAGUCCUCUUCGUGCAUUUGCAGAACGACAUGUUGAAGGAACUGAAAAUAAUGAGAGCCUUCAGUCCUUAUAUCAAUGUAAACUUGAAGCAUCUGCUAAUGCAUCAGGUCCAUCUUUGCAGAAUAUAAUGCUUCAAUCGAAAACAAUGGUCGACGGAAAGCUGAAUUCAUCACACAGUGAACCAAACAUAGCAAAUGCAUUUUGGCGACGCAGCCAAAAGAAAGUCAUGACAGAGAAGUCAACAGCCAGUUCAAGUCCAGAGCACCCAUUACAUCGACUGCAUGGAAAAUCUAUCCUAAGUGGCCAUAGAGAUUCUUACAGGGAAUACAGGAAGGAUAUGGCUGCAUCAAGGUCUGCUGGGGCAUCACCAUCCGGCACUCGUAGAAGAAGAAGGCACAGUGUUUGUAUUACUCCAGAGAUUGGUGAUGAUAUUGUUAGGGCUGUAAGAGCAAUUAAUGAAGCUUUGAAGCAAAACCGCUUCCCAAGGGAGCAAGGUGAUGCGCGCAAUCUUUAUUCUUUGGGUUGUCAAAACAAGAAAUCAGAUCCUCAUGAAAGUGUGUCCAAUUUCCAUCCAGAUGAUCAUGAUGAAACGCCUGGUGAGAAGUCUAUUGCAUCAUAUUUUCACAGGGAGCAGAUGAGUUCUCAGAAAGCUUUCUCAUUACCCUCAUCCCCUAAGCAAUCUAGGAGACAGGCUUCUGGAAUCUGUCAUGAAGCAGAAUCUGUUCCAAGUGCUGAGAUGACCUCAACAUGGAGUAAUGUGCUAGGCUCAUCAAAGAACCUGAACAAGCUUUUGUUGCCCUUCCAAGAGUGGUACAUUGAUUUCUUAGAAUUGACUGUUGGAACUCGUGUUGGAAUUGGUUUUUUUGGAGAAGUUUUUCGUGGAAUUUGGAAUGGCACAGACGUUGCCAUCAAAGUUUUUCUUGUACAAGACUUAACUGUUGAGAACAUUGAGGACUUCUGCAACGAGAUUUCUAUCCUAAGCCGUCUGCGCCACCCAAAUGUUAUAUUAUUCCUCGGAGCCUGCACAAAGCCUCCCAGGUUGUCCAUUGUGACAGAAUACAUGGAAAUGGGAUCAUUGUAUCAUUUAAUCCACAUGAGUGGUCAGAAAAAGAGGCUAAGCUGGAGAAGGAGACUGAAAAUGCUGUGUGAUAUAUGCAGGGGUCUGAUGUACAUACAUCGAAUGAAAAUAGCCCAUCGUGAUCUAAAAAGUGCAAAUUGCCUUGUGGAUAAGUACUGGACAGUGAAGAUAUGUGAUUUUGGACUAUCACGGGUGCUGACCACAACUCCUACAAAGGAUGCUUCCUCUGCAGGAACUCCCGAGUGGAUGGCUCCGGAACUCAUCCGCAACGAACCAUUCACAGAGAAAUGUGAUAUUUUCAGCCUGGGGGUGUUAAUGUGGGAGCUCUGCACCCUGAAUAGACCAUGGGAAGGGGUGCCAUCAGUCCAAGUUGUUUACGCAGUUGCUAACGAUGGAUCGAGGUUAGAAAUUCCAGAAGGUCCUCUGGGCAAGCUAAUUGCAGAGUGUUGGGCUGAACCAGAUGAACGACCUAGCAGCAAACAGGUUCUCUCGCGUUUGCUCGACGUCGAGUAUACACUAUGCUGAUUUGUUUCUUGUAUUUAUCCACAGGCAGCUGUUGAAUAACUUGACUUCUUCUUUUAGGGGAUGUCGUAAUUGAUUGUUGAUCUCAAAGCAUUAAUUAUUUUAGUUCC